CUCCACAUAAAUCCACAGGGAUGAAGGUCCAUACUACUGCACCCAACAUAAGGCUGGUUACACUGAAAACAAGAAACACGAUGAUCAACCUUCUCAAACCCUGACAUCCAACCAUUCUGUAUCAAUCACCUCAACGGUCUCAUAUGUUAGUGUGCAAACCUCCAGCUCGAUCAGCUGGCGCAUAUACACGCGUGCAGCAUGUGCCUGCGUGUGGCCAGCGGCUGCUAUAUAAAUAGCACCAGAGACACCGGUGCAUUCUCAUCAUCAAGAGCUUCAGCGUCAGCAAUUCAUACAAGCAUGGCUUUCAAGUCCCCGCUUCUGCUUGGCAUUGUCCUGGCCUCCCUGCUUCUCCUCACACAGGAUGUAACUGCCGCUACCGAUCGGCUCACUGACAAGGCCAAAGAAUCUGAUGGGAAGCCUACAGGUGGGGAUGGCGCCAACGAAGAGAAGAUGGGGCAUGGACAUGGGUAUGGGUAUGGUGGUGGUGGUUACAGUGGAGGAUACGGCGGCGGCUAUGGCGGCUAUACACCAGGACAUGGUUGGUAUGGUGGAGGAUACGGAUAUUACCCUGGACAUGGUGGUGGAUACGGUGGCGGAUACGGUCACCCUGGGCAUGGUGGUGGAUAUGGCCAUUACCACGGUCAUGGUGGUGAAUAUGUUAGCAGACAUGGAGGAUACGGUGGUGGUGGUGGCUCCAGUGGCGGUUGGCACUGAACUUCAAAGCAUCGUUACCAUUAUGUGUGUUUUAUGAAAUAUACAUUGUGUGCGUUGUAUCCUGAUCAAUAAACCAUCAUGAAUACUUGCCUGCAUGCAGCAUAUGUCAUCUGUUAAAGUGUCUUAAUAUGUACCUUUCAGUGUUGUUGUAAAUGUGUUACCACUCCAUAGGUUGUGCCAGCCAUCGGCAUGCCAUCUAGCAUCUGUAGUGUUGAGUGUGAAAGUAAAAGAGAGAUGAAAGUGAUUUUGUUGUAUUUCAUUGAUGGGGAACCACUCCUUUUAUUUAUACA